AUGUCCACUGCUGCUGCUACUGCUGCCAAGAAGGCACCCACUCUCUUCCAGACCUGGUUCCGUGUCGAGGUCAUCCCCAUCUACGCCGUUCUCGGUGUUGCUUGCGGUGGUGCCGGUUGGUACGUUUCUCGUCUUGCCCGUGGUCCCGAUGUCACCUGGGACCGCAAGAACAACCCCCACCCUUGGUUGAACGUUGACCAGGAGACCCAGCUCAAGUUGAUGACCGUCAAGGAUGGCCAGAACUUCACCAAGACCUACUCCCGCGACCGCCUGUAA